UCUAUUUUACUCUGUAGUUUAAUUAUAGUUGUCUAUGUUGGCUGUCUCCACUUGUUUGGUAAUAUUUGUUUGUGUUUCACUUGUUCCUCAUCUUCCAUUUUGUAAAAGGUCGGGCUUCCUGCGCGCGCGCUCUCUCUCUCUAAUUAGUGCGCGCGGACCUCUGAGUGAAGGUGGAGGUUUUUGCCCCUCACUGCCGCGCGUCUCAGCGGCAACUUGUUCAAUGGAAACUUUGAAAAACACAGGAAAUAUGUGCCACUUUGCAAAAAUACUUUAGAGUAAAUGGUGCCGCCGAACUCUCCCGAUGUCUGACGGGGGGGAGGAAAGCGACGGCGGCGGGAGAGCACAUCUGUCGGAGUCUCCCUCGCCGCCUCUCUCUGUCAGUCUUCCCCGAGGAUCUCCUUCCACUUCGCGACCCUUGGACUUCUUCUCCUCGGCCUCUCCACUGCUUGGGGAAUCGGACCCGCCUUUUCUCGCCUCCUCAGAGUGUCUGCACCCGUCUCCAGGGACCCGGGAACUCGGGGGCUCCACGCAUUUCACCCCGCCAAAGUUCCGCCAGCGUGCCGUGGACUCCGGGUGUACCUCUCGCUCGCGGCCGGAUGUGCAGAUAGAUGUCGGACAUGAACAGCACGAUGACCCGCUUCCCAUAUGGAGGGGACGCGGCGCGGAGAGCACUGAGCGCCUUCAGCACCGUGGACAGAGACUGUACAGGGCUCCGGAGCUCUCGGAGUACGGGAACCACUUCUCUGCUGAGCACAUAGAGACCGAGUUCAGCUCAGACAGCCGGCAAUCAGUGGAAGCCAUGCAUCGCCGGCACACUACGCUGAGGGAAAAGGGGCGUCGCCAGGCUGUGCGGGGUCCUGCCUACAUGUUUAAUGAGCGCGGCUCUGCUCUCACUGCAGAGGAGGAACGUUUUCUGGAUGCUGCAGAGUAUGGCAACAUUCCUGUGGUGCGCAAAAUGCUAGAAGAGUCCAAAACACUGAACUUUAACUGUGUGGACUACAUGGGCCAGAACGCUCUACAGCUGGCAGUGGGCAAUGAACACCUGGAAGUGACGGAGCAGCUGCUGAAAAAAGAUGGCCUGGCUCGGAUCGGCGAUGGCCUGCUCCUGGCCAUCUCUAAAGGCUACGUCCGAAUAGUCGAGGCCAUUCUUGGCCAUCCUGCUUUCGGUGGAGGUCUCCGUCUGGCUUUGAGCCCUCUGGAGCAAGAGAUGCGAGAUGAUGACUUCUAUGCAUACGACGAGGAUGGAACACGUUUUUCCCAUGACAUCACACCCAUCAUUCUGGCAGCUCAUUGCCAGGAGUAUGAGAUUGUUCACAUCCUUUUGACGAAGGGGGCCCGCAUCGAAAGGCCUCACGACUACUUUUGUAAAUGCUCAGAAUGUGUGGAGAAGCAGAAGAAGGACUCCUUCAGUCACUCACGCUCAAGGAUGAAUGCGUACAAGGGCCUGGCCAGUGCAGCCUACCUGUCGCUCAGCAGCGAGGACCCGGUACUCACAGCCCUGGAGCUCAGCAACGAACUGGCGAGGCUCGCCAACAUUGAAACAGAGUUUAAGAAUGACUACCGUAAGUUGUCCAUGCAAUGCAAAGACUUUGUGGUGGGUGUGCUGGACCUUUGUCGAGACACAGAAGAAGUUGAGGCCAUUUUGAAUGGAGAUGUGGACCAAUGCCCACCAAGUCCCUACAACCGGCCCUGCCUCAGUCGCGUCAAGCUGGCCAUCAAAUAUGAAGUCAAGAAGUUCGUUGCACAUCCCAACUGCCAGCAGCAGCUGCUCACUAUUUGGUACGAGAACCUACCUGGCCUGAGGCAGCAGUCCAUCGGCGUGAAGUGCUGGACAGUCCUGGGGGUAACCGUAGGUCUCCCCUUCCUGGCUAUUGCCUACUGGAUAAUGCCAUGUAGCAAGCUUGGUCAGAUUCUCCGCAGUCCCUUCAUGAAGUUUGUGGCUCACGCCGUCUCCUUCACCCUCUUCCUCGGCCUGCUGGUCGUCAAUGCUUCAGACCGCUUCGAGGGCGUGAAGAACCUGCCCAACGAGACCAUCACAGACCACCCCCGACAGGUUUUCAGGGUCAAAACCACACAGUUCUCAUGGACAGAGAUGUUGAUCAUGAAGUGGGUGUUGGGUAUGAUUUGGUCAGAAUGUAAGGAGAUUUGGAGCGAUGGGCCCAGGGAGUACAUCAUGCACCUUUGGAACGUUUUGGACUUUGGCAUGUUGUCCAUCUUUGUGGCGUCCUUCACGGCACGUCUCAUGGCGUUCCUGAAGGCAUCUAAAGCCCAGCAGUAUGUAGACAUGCAUGUGCCAGAUGAAGACCUCAGCAAUGCCUCACUGCCUGACGAAGUGGCUUACUUCACCUACGCCAGGAACAAGUGGCGCCCCUCUGACCCUCAGAUCAUCUCAGAGGGUUUGUACGCCAUCGCCGUGGUGCUGAGCUUCUCACGCAUCGCCUACAUCUUGCCAGCCAACGAGAGCUUCGGCCCGCUGCAGAUCUCUUUGGGACGGACCGUCAAAGACAUCUUCAAGUUCAUGGUCAUCUUCAUCAUGGUGUUUGUGGCCUUCAUGAUUGGGAUGUUCAACCUCUACUCAUACUACCUGGGGGCCAAAUACAAUCCAGCUUUCACCACGGUGGAGGAGAGCUUCAAGACUCUGUUCUGGUCCAUCUUCGGGCUGUCUGAGGUGAUCUCUGUGGUGCUGAAAUACGACCAUAAGUUCAUAGAGAACAUCGGCUACGUGCUUUACGGAGUCUAUAACGUCACCAUGGUGGUGGUUCUCCUCAACAUGCUCAUUGCCAUGAUCAACAGCUCGUACCAGGAGAUAGAGGAGGAUUCAGACGUGGAGUGGAAGUUUGCCCGCGCCAAGCUGUGGCUGUCCUACUUUGAUGAGGGUCGGACUCUGCCUGCCCCGUUCAAUUUGGUUCCCAGCCCCAAAUCCUUCUACUACCUGGUCCUCCGCAUCAAGUCGUGCCUGAUACUCCUGUGCAAGGCCAACGGCCGCCGCCGCAACAAUGAGGUGGAGAUGGGCAUGCUCCACACACAGGCCAAGGAUGAGCGGUUUAGGUCUUACGCACGAUCGGGAGAGGAGUUCAUCCAGAGAAAAGCCCGAAAACACCCGACCAGAUAUCAGAAGAUCAUGAAGCGGCUUAUUAAACGUUACGUGCUGAAAGCUCAAGUGGACAAAGAAAGCGACGAAGUGAAUGAGGGCGAGCUGAAGGAGAUCAAGCAAGACAUUUCCAGCCUCCGCUAUGAGCUGCUGGAGGAGAAGUCCCAGGCCGCUGGGGAGCUGGCUCUGCUCAUCCAGCAACUCGGCGACAAGUUUGGCAAAAACACCAUGAGACACUGACAGGCCUUGCACAACAGGGGAAGGAGGGAGGAGGGGAAGGUUGGUGUAGAAAGCAGAUUCGGGCCAGGUAGUUCACGACCUCGGUGGGAAGACGAGAGACAACAGAGAGGCAGGAUGUUUAUGUGAAUGGACAGGAUGAACGGUGAGUAGUUAGCAGCUUAAAAUAUCAAAACUGUGCCGAGUUAAAAAAUGAGCUAGCUUUAGAUAAAAAAUAAAAAAAAAACCCAAGUGCUUUGGAUGCAAAAUGACCAAUUAGAGAAGAACAGUAGAAGACUAUUGCACCUGCAACCGAGCGUGAGGUUAGGAAAGUAAACUCAAUCGGAAGGACUUUGUGUUGACAGCUCAAUUCUAAUUAGAGGGAAAGAUAGAGACGGAGUAAGAAGGAGAAGACAAGUGUGAGGAGGAUAUGAAGAGACACCAUGGGGAUCAACAACGAUGCAGCGCAGCAAUGAGGGCCCCACACCCACUGCCAGAAGAUAUCAGUGCAUCAGCUUAUCACCAAUUUGGAGGAGAGAGGGGAAACCCAGCGAAGGGAAGACACUGGAACGGCAAGAGGAUGAGGAGAAACUGCUAGUGCUACUCACAGCAGAGAUGCCUGCUAUGUACCAUAUUUUUAAUUGGUCAGCUGAAGUGCUGACGCUGGCUGAGAUAAUGCACACACCUUUAUACACAAGGCUGUCUAAUUAAUGCAGUUCCAAUCCACAAUGCACAACCUCUGAUACGAGUCGAAGGCAGGAAAAUGUAUUCAUUGCACUGAUGUUCAACUCUAUACGGAAACGGUUUGACGAGUAAGAUGUUGUUUUUGUGUCUCUUAGAAAUGAACGGAAUGUCCCAAACACAACCAGAUAAUUGAGUGAUGCACUAAGUCAGCAUGAAAAGAUGUUAUGGUUAUUUCAACUGAGCUGCAGACAUUUCGAAAAUAUAAACGAAGACAAUAAAAAGAAAAUGUGUAUCCCUUAUAUAGCCUGGAAAAUAGGAAUUGAACGUCAACAUUUUUCACAGUAGAUGUUUUUCUACUAUUGGCCUGAAGUUCACAUUGUAAAUAGCAACCAAAGUAAUCCAAAGUAAAAUGAAAACAAACCUGUCUUUUAAACCUCAAAGGUUCUUUGAUUUUCUUCCAUGCAUUCUGAUCUUCAACUGCCUACAUAGAUUAUCAGAUAAACCUUUUGUCAGUUUGUUGAUUCCUGCAGCUUUGUGUUUUUUUUUUUUGUUUUGUUUUUUUCUCUGAAACCAACUAAGAAUUUCUUUAACUCUUUUUGUGUGUUUGGGAUUGUCUUGCUAAAAAAAAAAAAAGAAAAUCCAUUGUUGUUUUAUGUUCAGAUUCUUAUCCAAAAUGUUGUGGUAUGUUUCUAUAUUUGUUCUGGAUUCAUUUAUAAGAUGUAGGCAAAUACCCUCCUACUAUAUGCUGAAAAACGGCCCCACACUCCAAAGAGCCUGACUUCUCUGCUGAUAUGAGCAGUGUCAGUCCUCCUCCAAUCAGGGUUUGUUCAAUUAUAUUCAGUCAGAUUUUGGGCUCUUAUGGCCACUCUAUAUUCUUCCACUAUUUCUUUGAGUUGGCCAAAUGUUCUGCUGCAAACUGUAAAUGCCGCCAUGCUGUUCCUUCAGCAUUGGCGUCUUGUGCAGUGAAUGUGCACAGCGACGACGCAUAGCAACUCUCUGUGAGUUGUCCUUGGGUCUUGAUUUUUCUUUUCACUCAUCUGCCAGAAAUUUUUAAAAGAGCCACCAGUUAUGGAUGAUUUAUGAUGAAAUUAUUCUCCUCCUGUUUUUUUUUUUUAUUUGAAAGUUUUAACAAUACAUCUACAACCAGUUACAUAAGCAUGUUUUGCAACACCAAGGUUGGAGAGAUCUUUGCUUCAUGUGAUGCCUUGGUGACGAGACAUCUCUUCAGAGCUUUAGAAUAGCUAAUAUCAAUUAGCACUGACAGGAGAAGUGAUUACUUUCUAAAUACAAACACUUUCUUUGCUUGUUGAUUCAGUUUUGUUUCCUUUCCACAUUGUUUUGGUUUCUUAUCAACAUCUGAUAUUACUUGAUGUAAGUAAGCCGCUUGAAAAUAUAGUUACUGAGAAAAAUGUUGGCGUGUUCAAUACUUACUUUUCUCUUCUGCGUUUCCUGAAAUUUACAUGACCCACUUUCAGAAAAUUACCCGAAAUGUCAAAACACGUCAACAGAGUCGUGUUUUCAGCUGUAAAAAUCCAGGAGUCGAUUUUUUUUUUUUUUUUUUUAAGGUGAAGCAGUGCAUUUGGGAGAUGAGAAAAUCUUGCAAUGUGGGAAUUUAUUUUCACAUGCAUUGAUUUGGCUAUAAAGGUGAGAUUCUUUUACUGAAGCUGCAUGGAGUCAUUUUCUGGUCUAUUUUUUUCCUGUCCCCUGAGACUCUGCUGCACAGUGUUGAGACAUGAGCAGUAACAGUCUGUAGGCAACAACUGAAUUUUAGCUUCUUUUUUUUUGUAUUAUUCCAAGUAGUUGUUUAGUUUUGCAGAGUAAUAACUUAGACUUCACCAUAUAAAAAAAAUAAUACUGGCAUGCGGUGCCUAAGCAGCUUGAAGAAAUGAUCAUAUUUUUCAGAUUUAUUGUCCGUUCACAAUUUUAAAAAAAGAUAUAAAAAUCAUUGACUAUUAACUAACAGCAAACAGGAUACAUUUUUGUGUUGGUAAACCUUUAUGAAGACACAACAAUUUGACUUGCAUCAACUAAAAUCUGCACUGUUGUAGCACGAGACGUUCAUGCAAAGAAAAACAAUAUUUGUCAUAUUUGCAUCUGAUGCGCUCAGAUUGUCAUUAAAUUAAAAAAAAAAAAAAACCCUAACAGACUCGCACCACUUUUCCAAUAAUCUGAGGGUGACUGAACACGGGAACGUCACGUCUGAAUGAGCACCCUGCUGCUUCAGGUAAAUCAAAAUGAGACAUUAAUCUCCCUGGGUCAGGUGUAAUAAUAUUUAUCUAACACUUUCAACAAGGCACAAGUUUCAACCUUUUUCCAUUGAUACUUCUUUACCAUUAUAGCAGCAUUUCCUACAGUUUAUGACAAUGGGAAACAUCUUUCUUGAUUUCACGCACUUUCUUUAAAUUGCUCAUGAGAAGCAAAUCAGACAUUUUUUUUUCCAAUACACUGAGCAUAUAAAGGUAAAUCAUUUCAGCUGCUUACAUCUGCAUGAGUGCACAUCCCAAUAAUUGUGCAAUUGUAAUUUUUUUUUUUAUGGCCACAUAUUUAUGUUUAAUCAUGUAAGAAAGCAACUUAGAUUAUUCCUGAUGAACACCAAAUAUUACCCUUUGCAAAUUACCUGAGUACAAUCACCCGUUUUACUCAUGAAAUAAAAUAUCAAGAAUAUGUUUUCUAGCUUAGGAAAAUGUUUAUACUAACUUUAGUUUGGCCGACAUGUUUUCUUUCUUCCUCGCUCAUAUCCCACCGAAGUUGGAGUUUCUUUCUGAUUGUAGAGACAUACAAUUUCAUAUAAACAGCAGCAAAGUCUUGCUGCAGGUCCCAUGCUGACAUUUCAGGGGUUUUGAAGAUUUACCGUCUGCUUCCAGGAUGAACUUGCUUAGAUAACCAGACCUCAGCAUGUUGGAAAUUACUUUGAAUCUCCUCCACUUAUACCCUGUGCUCUUCAACAGUCUGUAGAAGACAAAAAACUUGGUUCAAAAUGGCCGGACCUUAAAAUGUUUUAAACAUUUCCACCUGAUUUGUUACAGAUAUCAAAUAUCUGUUUGUCCAAAUAUGUUCGGAAAACACACAGUCUGUUAGGUAUCCUGUCUUUUUUUUUUAUAACUUUAUCUCCAAAUGAAGACAUUGCGACAUUUACUAUAAACUGGGUGCAAAGUGAAGAAUCCAUUAUUAUUUCAUGUGUCAGCUGCUUAAAGAAUCUGACUGCAUUAUGGAAAGAAUCUCUACAGAAAUAAACUUUUUUUCUGUUUAUGUUUCACUUCUCAGUCCAGUCUCAGUCGUCUCCUCUCUUUCAGUGUGCCUGCGUUAUUUGUGCCGUGACGCAGGUUGUGUGCUGUUUACAAAAAACAGAAGUCUCCCUGAUUUUCAUCUUCAUCUUCUGCCUGAUUUGCAUUUUCAGCCGCGCCACAACCCAACAAAAGCAAUCUAACAGAGCAGUGCAAACUGAGGUUCAGCACUUUCUUGACAUAAAUUUUGAACCUGUGCACCAUUUUUCCAAUCUUUUCAGCGCAGCUCAGUUGUAGCUCACUUUUUUUUUUUUUUUUUUUUGUGCACUCUGCUGCAACUUUUUAAAAGUUCGGAU